CUCCAGUAUAUAUCGAUGGUGCAAACCCCACUCUCUUAUCCUCUCCUCCUCCCUGCCCACUUGAUUGCACCCCCAAAUUCUUUGCCUUCCCUCAGCUACCUGCUUGCCCUAGGACUUAAUUUGCUUUGCUCGCCGGCCAGCCGCGCCGUCGUCCACGCACGCUAUGCGGGCAAUUGACACGGCGAGGGAGAGGGAGCUCCAGCCAUGAGUAGAGACAUCGACGAAGGAAGCGUUCCGGGCGCCGUUGCCGGAGGAGGAGGGGAAUUAGAGGGCAGCGAACCUGUGGCCGGCGGCGGCGAAGUCGAGGCAGCCGCCGACUCGCACGAGAACGACCUGGUGAUGCCGGGGUUCCGGUUCCACCCGACGGAGGAGGAGCUGAUUGAGUUCUACCUCCGGCGCAAGGUGGAGGGCCGGCGCUUCAACGUCGAGCUCAUCACCUUCCUCGACCUCUACCGCUUCGACCCAUGGGAGCUCCCCGCAAUGGCGGUGAUCGGGGAGAAGGAGUGGUUCUUCUACGUGCCACGGGACCGCAAGUACCGGAACGGGGACCGGCCGAACCGGGUGACGGCGUCGGGGUACUGGAAGGCGACUGGGGCCGACAGGAUGAUCCGCGGCGAGAACAGCCGGCCCAUCGGGCUCAAGAAGACGCUCGUCUUCUACUCCGGCAAGGCCCCCAAGGGCGUCCGCAGCAGCUGGAUCAUGAACGAGUACCGCCUCCCGCCGCCCACCACCGACGCCGAUCUCUUCUACAAGGUAUCCGAGAUCUCGCUCUGCCGCGUGUACAAGCGGUCCGGCAUCGACGAUGGCGGCCACGGACGCGCCUCCUCCAGCAGCAAUGUCCAAUCCACAUCGUCAAUGCCGGGACCUUCCCGGACCUCUGCGCCGACGGGCCGGCAGCACGGGCCAUCACCGACGCAGCAGCCCACCAGCUUUCACCUCAUCGGCCAGGCCCAGUGCUCCACGACGGUGCCGCCGCCGGCCAUCGUGGACGUCCAGGCCACGGCCCACAACGCUCUGCAUCCGCCUCCUCUUCCCCCGGGACCGUCGUGUGCAUAUGAUGAGCACGCUCCCCUGAUAGGCAACAGCUCGACGCCCGUGGACGACGAGCUGAGCAGGCUGGUGGGCCACGGCCAAGCCUACGCUAUUGCUAACCACCAGGACGCCGGCACCCACUUCUUCCCAAUGCCACCACCCCCGGCGCCUCACCCCCUCGGCGUGCUGCCGAUGUCGCCCGCCGCUGGCUCUGACAAGCUCUGGGAUUGGAACCCUGACACCACCUCCAGCAAGGACUACGGUGGUUCUAGUUACAAGUGACUCCAACCAAGUUAAUGUAGGCCUGGGAGGAGGAUGCAUCCACAUGCAUGCAUAUAUAUGCUGCCAAUGGGUCAGUGGCACCAUGCAUGCAUGCAUAAUUCAGAUCAGUUUUCACAGCUGCCUAUAUAUGUUAAUUGACCACAGUUAACUCUGAAAAUUAAACCAUGAACCUAGACUUUAUAUUUAUUUAUUUAUAUAUAGCCUUUACUCACUACACAGUUAUGUAGUAUAUAUGUUACUCCAGUAAGUAGUUUAUACGUGAUCAAAAAUUAAAGAUAUAUAGAAUUGAGUAGUUUAGUCAAA